UCUGCUGUCCCACUCCUGUCUGUUCUCUCCACUGUAAUAACCGCGAACCUCUCCCUCUCUACGUAAUCCUACAUGAACUUCGACAGGAGAAAGUUUUUUUGGGCGAAAAGUUAGCCCUGUUUGUGUGGAAUGGAUGUAUGUUGAUCGGCCUUUGGAAGAAAAGAAAACUUGAAAUUUUGGCUUGAUAAAUGGAUUAUAACAAAGUUUUGUGGCUCUGUAGAAUUGUAUAGCCCAUUGCAGUGCAGCAAAGUUUGUUCCAACUUUCGUUUUUAACUUGUGUGGCGUUCUGUUUUAUUUUUCUCGGAACAAGAAAGACAUAGGGGGAGAUCCGAAUGUAAUGGUGACAGUUUUUAAGGGAAAGGGAAAACAAGCGGAUUUUAUGCUAAAGAAAAGCUGAAAACUCUCCAGGAGAAAUGAGAGCGUAAUUUUGACCUGUGUGUAUGUUGAGUAAUACUUUAAGGCAUUUGUUAACCUCUUAAGCGUUAAACAUAAGGUUAAGAAAAACAUUGGAAAUUGUACUGGAUUUGUAAAGAGUCAUAGUUUCUGAUCAUUCACCAAAAACUUUGAAAAACAUUAUGGCGAAAAAGUACGACUUCCUUUUCAAAUUAUUACUCAUCGGAGAUAGUGGAGUUGGCAAAACAUGUCUGAUUAUUCGAUUUGCUGAGGACAACUUCAACUCAACCUACAUAUCAACUAUCGGCAUCGACUUUAAAGUAAAGACGAUAGACGUGGAGGGAAAGAAAGUCAAACUGCAAGUCUGGGACACAGCAGGGCAGGAGAGGUUUAAGACCAUCACUACAGCCUACUACAGAGGAGCUAUGGGCAUCAUCCUGGUGUAUGACAUCACAGACGAGAAGUCCUACGAGAACAUUCAGAACUGGAUGAAGAGCAUCAAGGAGAAUGCAUCAGCGGGGGUCAGCCGGAUGUUGCUAGCUAACAAGUGUGACAUUGAGGCCAAGAGGAAGGUAUCCAAGGAAACGGGGGAAAAGCUGGCAAAGGAUCAUGGGAUCAGAUUCUUUGAGACCAGCGCAAAGGCCAGCAUCAAUGUUGAUGAGUCUUUUAUGGCCUUGGCUCGAGAUAUUCUACUGAAGUCCAGCAAGAAGUCAGGCCCCACAGGUCGCGAGGUCAAAAUCACCAACGCUGAGAAGAAAUCCUCCAAAUGUCUCCUACUGUAGAGGCAGAGCUGGCCUGUCCUGGCUGACUCUUCGUUACCUGAGGGAACUAUCACAUAUAGGAACAAUAUUAUUGCAAAGGAAAGGGUUUUAAAGGCGCAAUCCACAAGUUCUCUGUCCCCUGUGGCAACAAGAUCGAUUUCAAACACUAUAUUGACUUGAGAAAAAAUAAAAAUGUAUUAAUUUACUACCCCCUCCCCUUUAAAAAGUGCUAACUACACUUUUUUAAACCAGAAACCGAAUUUAUGGAUUGCACUUUUACUGACCAUGUAACUAUGUUGAGGUGGUCCAAGGUCAUUUUACAGAGGAAUAUUCAAUGGUUUGUUUAAAGAAUAGGAUGAACACCACCUUGAUUUCAUCCAAAACAUGUUUUGUAUCAACUGCCUUCAAAUCUCCUGCAAUGGCUUUGUUGUCAUGGUGACUGACUGAUUGACAGCCAUGGUAUGUUUACACUCCACCAGAGCCAUACAGAGUUCAGCAAAAUAUCUUCAAUGUUGGCUACACAAGUUCCAUGAGACAGCAUUCCAAUAUAUUAAUUCCUUCUAAAAUGCACUGUUGAAUUUGAUUUUUUGGAACCAACAUGGUGCACGCUCAAAUUCUAAAUCCCAAACCGAGUUUGCUGAACUCUGUAAUCCCAUGGCUCUGGACUUCACUCUAUAGAGUAGUGGUACACAUCUCCUUAAUGGAACAAGAGUCUGCUGUGUUUAAUUUUAUCUCUCUAUUUCAGAGGGAUUAUUUUUCCUUGAUUAACCAGGAACAUUAACAAGUGACCUUUCAGUGAAACUGCCAAACAUAUUGCUGCUUCUUGAUUGAACAGUUGAUUGGUAACUACUACUAUAAUGGCGGCCCUAGAGGACCUGAGUUGUGCACCGCUGCCAUAGAAUCACUUUUCAAUGUCAUAGCCAAAGAAUUAGAAUUAUGACAACAUGCAGACAUUCCUUUCCAUUCAUUUUAUUUCUAUGGUCAUAGCAGCGCAUAGCUGUUUAGGCGUAGCACAGGGGGCAUUCUAGAGAGUGACAGGAAUUUAGAUCUACAUGCUGUAUCUAUGGUGAUGGUACAUUAUGCUCUUAAAGGGAUAGUUCAACCUGAAUUCUAAUUUUGUUUGAUUUUUCCACACUACGUAAAGAUGAGUGAUCUGGGUUGUGCCUGUUGUAAACUAUUCUUCUACUACAUAAAGUGUUGUACAUGGAUGGACUGAGGAUGUGGAAGAGAGAGACAGAGAAGUGCAAUAUGUGAGGAGUGGAGUGAUGAGAGAAUGAUGGAUGGAUGAAGCAAGGGAGUAAGAAGAUAAGAUGAGUAAAGCAAGUGUCAUAGAGACAGGGAUGGAAUGAUGCUGAUGAGAGUUAGAAAUAGAGGGAUGAGAUGUUCUCUUUUUUUAGUGAUAAACAUACUGACCUUUUCUGAUCUGAUAGACAAAUGGACCUUUUAUCUGAUGCACCUGUUCAACAGCUUUGGCAAAAAUGAAACACCCUCCCUUCCUCUUUCAGACAUAGACCAGGGCCCUGAUCCAAUGCACCCCUGGAGGUAAUCACUGAUGUACUACUGGAUAUAUUUGCAAAUAUAUCUCUCCCUAUAUCAUAAACUGUACUGUGAUUGGACAAGACUUCCACCUCGAUGCUCUCACCAAUCCAAACGUGUCAGAUCAGUAAUUACUCUGAAGGAAUGAUGUAACUGCCCAUGCCAGACACUACAUAAUCACUACUGUGCCAGUAAGCUUAUCUGUCUAUGGGUUCAUUUCAAUACUCUAAAGUGGCUUCCUCUGGGAAGAAGACGAGGGGAAGAAGCCACUCCAGACUAUUGAGAUGAUGCACCCUGUGUGUUUUUUACUCUGAUAUCUCAUUGUUCCCUCCCUCACCUUUCCUCUUUUCCUUCCACACAUGUUCACCCUAUCAAACCUUCCUUGUCUGAUCAAUUAUCUUAUGACCAAUGUAUAUCAUUUCACAUACACGCUGCUUAGCCUAUUCAAUAAAAUACCCUUCUAUUUU